AUGUUAUAUGUAAUAAGGGAUGGGAUAAUUCAUUUUUCUAAUGUAGUUAAGAUGAAUAAAAAAAUAUAUGAUUCCUAAAAAAGAUAAUAACAAGAGAUGAAGAAUGGAAACAAUGAAGCUAUGAAUAGACAGACAGCAAGGGAUUUAUUCAAACUAGCAUUAUUAUAAUUUUCAAUGAAUUUAGGAUAUAGUGAGAUAGAGAUGAAAAUAUAAAAAAUCAAAUUUCCUUUGAUUAUAUUAUAAAAAUGA